GUGAAAUAUUUAUUUUAUGCCUUUUGUCUUGUGCUGUAAAAACUAGUAUUCCGUGCAUUCAUCAGCCCUGAAAGACGAGCGAUGCGAACGUGUGAUUGUGCACGUGAACCUAUAUUUUGAAUGAAAAGAAGAAUGAAGUCGAGUCAGUGCCGAAGCCGAAGUCUGACGUCGUGUGUUGUUGAUAUCGUGUGAUGGUUUUGUGAAGAUCUUAAUCCGAAAUUAAAAAUACUCCUAAAAUCUGAAAUACGAAUCAAUUUCUUUCGUUCUCUCUGUGGUGUAAUUAACUAUUCCGUGCUAGAAUAAGUGUGUACGUAAAUAUAGUAAACACAAACAGUGUGCCGACGUUGCUAUAAGUGGUGGUAUAUAUAGUGCAUUUGUUUAUUUUUAGACGUAAUUUGCAGUCAUGUAAUUAAACCGGUGCCUCUAAAAUGUCUCAGAAGGAUACAGCGAUACAUCUACUAGCUGGCGGGAUUGCUGGCACUGCGGGUGCAGUAGUAACUUGUCCUCUAGAAGUGGUUAAGACAAGACUCCAGUCCUCAAAGGGUGUUGGUAUCCCACCACCCCCUCCGUCUGGUGCCUCUACAUCAAAGCGAGUUUGCUCAAAGAUUCCUAAACAUCAGGAAGGGAAAUGGGGCUACAGACGUACGAUGGGCGCAAUGUUCGCCUACACCAAGCAGGCAGAUCGAAUGCUGAUGUCCUACAAUUACCAGGUGCAGCAGUGCGCGCGCGCCGGACACGCCAGAACCGCGGCGAGGAUGAGUCUCAUACAUUGCCUCAGACACAUCGUCCAAAAUGAAGGUGCCCGUGCUCUCUUCAAAGGCUUGGGACCGAACAUAGUGGGUGUUGCUCCUUCCAGAGCGAUCUACUUCUGCACAUAUUCGCAGGCGAAGGCAAUCCUCAACCAACACAUACCGCCGGACACACCCAUAGUGCACCUCUCUGCUGCCAGUGCUGCAGGGUUCGUUUCGUGCACGAUGACUAACCCCAUUUGGUUCGUGAAGACGCGACUGCAACUCGACGGCGCCAACGUCACCGCGUGGCAGUGCAUCAAGAGGAUAUACGCCAAAACGGGUAUCCGAGGCUUUUACAAAGGCAUAACAGCAUCGUACAUGGGAAUCAGCGAAACCGUCGUCCAUUUCGUCCUGUACGAAGGCGUCAAGGCUCGACUAAUGGCGGCCAGAAGUCUAGAUGGCGUGCCGAGCGAUCAGCGUUCACCGAGGGACUUCCUCGAGUUUAUGGCCGCGGGGGCCUUUUCCAAGACCGUCGCCUCUUGCAUCGCGUAUCCACAUGAAGUGGCGAGGACGCGCUUGCGUGAGGAAGGAGACAAGUAUCGCAAAUUCUGGCAGACUCUGCACACUGUGUGGAUGGAGGAGGGCUACCGUGGAGUUUAUAGGGGCCUCGGGACGCAGCUAGUUCGUCAAAUACCGAACACAGCCAUCAUGAUGAGCACAUACGAAGCAGUGGUGUACCUCCUCACCACACAUUUCAACAGCUCCUUUUACGAAAACACUUAAUUCCAUACCAGCUUGUUAUCUGAGGAAACCCGUAGAAUGAGCUUGUCUCGCUUAGAUACAACUUAUUAGAAGAGGAUGGAAUGUUGGCUAGUUGCUGAACAAUGUUGGCUAAGAUACAGUCUAGCAUGACCAUAAAUGCAGCCGAUAACAAUUGUUGUGACGUUGCAAUCACAAGCUAAGGUGAUCAGUACAUCUCGCACUAAUACACACAGCUAUAAUACGAUCGCAAUCGCCUUUGAUUGGCUGACACUUAUAGUGUUUGCCUUCUAAAUCAGCCAGUAAUUGCGAUUGUCACAAUGUGAUAAUCACAACUUCUGUGUUAACCCCCCUGUUGCCAAACUUUGAUACAACGUAAUGAUUUCAAUACUUUCUGUUGACUGGCAUUUCUAUUGUAAACCAUCCAGCCAAGCUGUAGCGAACACUAGCUUUCUAGUAAAAUACACUUUAAAGUAGUGAAAUGGAUGAACUUGACCUUUAACUCUGUAGCUAGGUUUGUUGCAUAAGCUCCAUAGCUCAAAAGCUCUGUGAAUCAAAAUUACCAUAAAUUCAGUCAAUUAUUACUAUUGCAAUGGUUUCAAAGAACAUGUCUCGCAAUACAGCCGCAGGUCAAAUUAUUUAUUGAUAAAACUGUGCCUCAUAAAAAUAUGGGAUUUGGAAUGCUUCCAGUUUCACGACUAAGCAAUGAUAAAUAUGAAAUAUAUAUGCAGCUUUUAUAUGAUUCAAUGUUAUAAUUGAUUGAUAGAAAUGUAUUUUGAUUGUUUCAGAAUUCAUUCUAUUUAUGUCCAAUAAUAUGUUAAGAUAUUUUGUGCCAUAGUAAAGGUAUAAAAUAUGAUAAACAGAAUUCAAAAUGGCAUAAAUUCUUUGUAAAAUAAUGGUAAUUUAAAGCUAUUUCUAUCAGCAUCGUUUUGAGCAAAAAGUGUAGUAAUAUAUUGUAGUACCUAUGUUGGAUAAAACUCUGGGAUUAUAUUAUGUUAUUGAGUUAUGAAAAAUGUCACUUGCCAGCGUUGUCCUUAGGCUAGGGACAAAUGUCGCGGAAUUGUCGCAAAACCGUGCGGAAUUCCACUAGAUUUGUUUCUGGCCAUGAGAGAAGUUUGAAUUCAAGUUAAUGAUUUAACUUUUGUGUACUAAAUUUUAUAAAUAAAUGUAUGUAAUGUAACAAAAUUAUAUCAAUUGUUUACUUUUGCUGUUGUAAAGAAUAUUUGUUGUUGUGUUGCAGUGUACUAGAAUUUAUAAGAGUUACAAAAGAUUGUAAAUACAUUCUAAUAUCAUGUUCACAAUCAUUUUUAUUUAAUUUGGUGUUUUUGUUUUAAUAUAAAGGUCUUAAAUAUGCAGAUGGUUUUAUGUUACUUGACUGUCAUGCAUAAAUAAGUAUCUAAUAUCACAUAUAAUAUUUCUUUAUUCUGAACUUAAAUAUUAAAUAAUUGAAAUAUGAAAAUGAUAAUUUUGUCAAUUUAAGCAUUUUUGAAAAGGUUUUCAAAAUAUUCCACCUAUUUGAUAUUGCUGAAUAAUAGUUUCGCUUUAGUCAUAGAUUUCUAGUCUGUUUUAUAAAAGAUAUGCCUAAUAAAUGGUAGGCAAACAAAGAAAAAUAGUUGAAAAACGUGUACAAUGCAACUCAAUAAUUAUGAAAAAAUAACUUUUUGAAUAUUAUUUAUAUGUACUAAAAUUCUUAUCAAAGAUUUUAGGAAUUUUUGAUAUUAAAAAAAAAAACAUUUCAAUAUUAAAAGAUAAGCAGUCUUCAAAGUAAUAUUUGCACUUAUAUUAUUAUAUACUUACCAUUACUACCAUGCUAAUUUCAAUAAUAUUGCAUGAAUAUUGAAUAUACAUCCAUACUGAAUAAAAUAUUGAUUCAAUUUUUUCAACUUGCUCUGUAGAAAAGUAUUGCUUGAUUUUUGUUAUUGAGAUUGGAAUUUUGCCAAAUAAGAUAGUUUUAUGAAUUUCUAUUAAAAAGAAAGGCCCAGAAUAUAGUUUUAAGAUAAAGCUUUGAUAAAAUGUUUUCCAUUAUGUAUAUUAUAUUGAACAGUUUAGCACAGAUUUAGCAAGUUGUGAGCUGUGAUAUAGCGCUUGUAAAUAUUAGUCAUUUGGGUGGUCACCAUUAGGGUCCCAAGCUAUCAUAAUAUAUUGAAAUAAUCGUUUUACUUUAUGAGAAAAAUGAUUUAUUUCUUUUUAAUCCUUAAAAUUAAGGUUUAAGUUUUAUUAGUCUACAAAGAAAAGCGGGGUAUUCUCUAUGUUUUUUAACCUGUAGUACGCCUCGCCAGUAGAUGGUUCCACAAGUUGGAUGUCAGAUCAGUUUUCAUGUUAACAAAACAAAGGGCUAACAGUUUCAACAUAGUGGAUAUUAAGCUUGAUAACAUUGAUUCAUCUUAAAAUAUUAGGAAUUGGUUGAACAGACUUUCUGGUUGUACAUUUGCUAUGGAAAGAUUUGGACGUAUGUCAGACUGAGUAUAAGUACCUACUAUUAAAUUUGUUUAAAUAAAUAAAAAUAAU